AUGGCGUCACGAACUAGUCUUCUGAUUAUGACUAACGAUGAAUUCGACAGAGGAUCCAAAGUCGACAAACAGCGUACUAUGCGUAUUGAAAAUCUACGAAUGCGACUCAAUGCAUUAAUAUUAAAACGGCAUGACGAAUUAAUGAAAGUUUAUUCUCAUGCGAAAAUCAACAGAAGUGUACCUACACCUCCAUGCACACCUUCACCAUAUUCUCCGAUACUCUCAGCUAAUUUCGCUGAACAUAUAUCAUCACAAAUUUCAUUGAAAAUCGAUAACAUUGUCUUUGAAUCGAAUUCCAUUCUAAUUGAUAUGGCCCCCACUUCGUGUGAUAUACAUUCGGAAUCUGAUCAAAUUGGAAAUGAUAGCAUCUAUCCGGAAGGUAUUACUGAUCUUUAUCCAUAUAGCAUCGCAGCUCGUUAUAGAAAAUCCAUUGGUCAAUCAACUAACUUUCGUGAAUAUCCACUCACUAUCGCUGAAGAUUCAAUAGAAACACUGAUGAUUGGACUAGAUAAUUUUGCCAACCAACAUGAUUGUAUGCUGGUUUUCUCCGAUAAGGAGCAACAAUACGAUCAAAGUAUUUGUCGUGCUGCUUGUGGUGUUGCUGAUCUAGGAAGUAUUCAUCUGCUCGCGAAUGACUUCAUAUUGACAGCUAAUUUUCAAUUUGAAAUCGAUCUCAGCUAUCAUGGCGACAUCGCUAAUUCAGAGGAUGGAAUCCGCAAAUUCGUGUUUAACUUUUGUGACUCUAUUGCCAAAGUGCUGUCAUGUGAAAGUAACGUCGUAAGAAUAUUUUCAAUCAGUCAAGCAGAUGAUGAACCUGAUCAAAGUGAAGUAAUCUUUGGAUUAACCACAAUUGAUCAGAAAAUAACUGAACUACUUGCACACAAGUUACAGGUUUAUAGUCGCUCCGGAUUUUCACAUGGGACCAUUCUUGACUAUGUGAAUCCGAAAGAUUAUGAAUGCGUUUGGAAACCGAAUUUGCACUAUUUACAAAUACGGCCGAUUGAUUUCGAUCCGCAGUACAACUAUGACUACCGUCAGUCCGAUCUACUCGACAAAGAUACUCGUGGCGGUUAUCCUUAUUUUCUUCCUAUUGGAUGGUUUCGUCAUGGUCUCAAUGUCAGUACUAAGUAUGGACAUGAUCGGACGUGGAUUGGUCAUGUUAAUGCUCCAGGAGAGUGGCCAGUUGCUUUUCAUGGAACGUGUAAAGAAGCAGUCACUGGCAUCGUUGCAAAUGAUGUAUUGCUUAAAGAGGCUAAUGAAACAGGGUUGUAUGUAGCUACACAUUGCCACGGUGGAGCAGAUUUGUAUACAACACCAUUCACUGUGACGACAUCUGAAGACCAAAGCGAACAGUUUCGAAUUGUUUUCCAAUGUCGUGUUGAGCCUCAGAAGUUUACAACUCAUAUGAGUCCUGUAAAUGAAGGAGAAGCAUGGCACUUUGUUGAUCCGAAUGCGAUUCGACCCUAUGGAAUUUUACUUAAAAAAAACUGUUCAAAUGAACAACAAGAUUUUUGUUAA